GAGAAAUGGGGAAGACUACAGAAGCUCGAGGAAGAGAAAGAAAGACUCCAGCAGAGUGUCCUACGUGUGAUGGGCAGGCGGAUACAGGCUGAUGAGAUGAAAUGGAAGAUCAUGCUCUUUAAGAAAAAGAGAGACCAACUAAAGGAGGCGGUUGCCUGGGGUAAUGAGGAGGUGAAGAGCUAUCGUGAGCUCCUCCUGCGCUCUCAAGAGGAAACUCAGCGGCUGCAGCGGCGUGCUGGAAGACAUCAGGAAAAAAGGGACAAAAUUGAUCGCCACAACCGUCGUCUGGUGGAGCUGUUAGAGAGGCGCAGCCGAGAACAACACAACAAACUCAGUCAACUGGCAGCUCUCAGACGAGACCACAUCCAGGAGCUCAUCACGCACAUUUUCCAUAUGCAAGAGGAGAAGCAAAGCAGCAGGUCAGCAAAUAUAGUACAGCAGACAGCAACUGGCCUCAACUUGCAUGUUCUGCAGCCUCAGUAAGAUUCCAUUCAAUCGUUUCACACAGUCCACAGGAAUUUUUCUGUUUUACUUUCCGUUUUUAAAAGUACGCACAUAAAAAGACCACAGUUUCUUGCAUGUAAGAAACUGCAAGAAACCUAUUGAAGAGGAACCUAGAGGCACUUUUAAAGUGCCUGUAGGUUUUUUCCAUCUCUGGACAAGUACAUAAAAAGAUAAAGUACAGAUAAAUCUUUUCAGACUUUAA